AUGCGUUUUUCCACAAUCUCCGCAUUGUUUUGUGCAGUCGGAGUGCUCGCUGCUCCCAGCUCGUCUCAAGAAGUCAAUGGACUCGCGGUCAGUGAAGAUGGAAAGUGUGGUGGUUCUACAGGACAGACAUGCUUGAACUCAUAUCUAGGCGACUGUUGUUCCAAGGCCGGCACUUGCGGUGAAGGCGCGUUCUUCUGCGGUCUAGGCUGUCAGAAGCAGUUUGGUGCUUGCAUUCCUACCUACAAGGGCAAGCUUGUUAGCCAGAAUGGUAUGUGCGGUCACGAUGUGACCUGCAAGGGCUCAAAAUUUGGUGACUGCUGUGGAAAGGACAACUGGUGGUUUGUAUAUUCAACUCAAUUCGCAAAGAAGCACUUGCUGACUGUACGCAGUGGUGGUGACACAAAGUCCUGUGGAACAGGCUGCCAGCAAGACAACGGCUCUUGCAAUGGUGCAUGGCCUUGGAGCAACCUGGUCUCCAGAGCUGACCCCAAUCCGACCUGCCCCAAAUCCAACGACACUAUCUACACAACCGAGAGCGGAGACCAGUACAAGAUCACUUGCAGUCUCGACCAUGCUGGUGGUGACCUGAAAAUGGUCUGGAUCAACUCGAACAAGAUUGCAGACUGCCUUGCUGAGUGUUCUACAACUGAAGGAUGUAAAGCCAUUGCGAUGUCUGGUACUGCUUGUUAUAUGAAGAGCAAGAUUGGGACCCCCGUCAAGAGCUCCAACGUUAGAGGCGCUAUCUGGGUCGGCAAGGUCGAGAGCUCCUCUUCCAGCGUCUCAUCCACAGCGUCGGCCACACCUGCAUUGUCCUCUUCAUCGUCAAGCUCGGCAUCCAUCUCACUCUCAUCUUCUGCAUCUGUGAGCAGCUCUUCGACGGUCUCGUACUCGAACUCGUCUUCAACAAGCUCCUCAUCAUCUGCCCUUCCUACCUCGACCAGCCCUACUUGCCCCGCCGCAAACAACACUGUCUUCAUCGCUGACAGCGGUGCUACUUUCCUCAUCGAGUGUUUUGUUGACUACUCUGGUGGCGACUUGAAGUCAGUCAACAUUAGAAGCAACAAGAUCGCCGACUGUGUCAAUGCUUGUGACACUACCGAGGGAUGCAUAGACAUCAGCAUGUCUGGUACUGCCUGUUACAUGAAGCAAAAGCUGGGCAAGCCUUCCGUCAACAAGGGUGUGAGAGGUGCGCGCAAGAUCAAGGAUGCACCUAAGAGCUCGAGCAACAGCAGCGUUGCUCUUUCGACCACUUCCAGUGAUGUCUCGAGCACUUCGAGCGGUGAAGUUUCGGCCAUCUUGAGCACGUCGAGCAGUUCGAGCACUCUGCCCUUGACCUCCUCGACAGUAUCUUCCGCAUCUUCUACAGGCUCAAAGGUGGUUACCGCAAACAGCACCACCUCAUCGUCCACAGCUGCGUCAUCUGUGAUCUUGACCACUGGAGUCUCGACUCUGAACAGCACGACUGGACCCUCGAGCGGUCUGUCAUCGAGCGCUACAAGUGGAGCACCUUAUGGCAACGGAACAGGCAGCACUGCUCCAGCCGGCCCUACUAUUCCUCUCACCACUUCCAGCUCGACUUUCAGCUCGAUUGCACCUUCAAACAGCACAAUAUCGUCUACUUCGACAGUCUUUGUCAACACCACUAGCACGAUCGGAUCUGGCAGCACAUUCACGGUCGGACCCACUGCUCCUAUCAAUGUCGGGUCCUCAAGUAUCGUUUCUUUCAGCACUGCCAGCGGAGCUCCGUAUGGCAACUCAACUAGCAACACUUUCUUAGUCGGACCCACUGCUCCUAUCGGCACAGGUAUCCCAUCUAGCUCGGUCGUUCCAGUCAACAGCACUAGUAGCGAUGUCUCGUCCUCGUCUGUUGUUCCUGGCACUGGCGCCUCAAGCGGCAUUUCUUCGUCUGCUACCAGCGGUGCCCCGUACGGCAACGGCACAACCAGUGUAUUACCUGUCGGACCUACUGGCACCGGCGUUUCGAUCUCGGCCAUCACCAGCAAGACUGUCAUUGUCAGCCCUAUCGGUACUGGCGCUUCAAGCGGUGUCUCAUCAAGCACAGCCAGCGGCGCACCCUAUGGAAACAGUACUACAAGUGCUUUGCCUGUCGGGCCCACUGGUACAGGUGUGUCUAGCUCGGUCAUCACUAGCUCUGCCGUAAACGCCACUGUGUCUCUUACCACUAGCUACAACCUCACCUCAAGCAUUGCCUCGACAGUCAUUACACUAUCGUCCAACUCGACGGUCAGCGCACCUUUGACGACCGCUCCCAUCGUUACUGGUCCUUCGACAAGCAUCUCCACCUCGUCUGGACGAUACACCAACACGACAAGUUCAGCCUUGACCACAAGCUCUGCUGCACCCACAUGGGCAUUCAACAACUGGGGAGGUAUCACCUCUGGACAUCCUGUUGCCACCAACACCACUGCCUGCUCGGUGAAGCCUACUUCCACUGCUACAUGUGUUCGUUGUGAGGGUCAACCUGGAACUGACCAGUACUGCGGUCUUACAAUCAACGAUGACUCUUAUAAGGUUGUUCCCAAGACUUGCAACACUGUCACGUUCAACCUCGACUUGACUGAAUGUGAGGUCAGUCCUGAUGGUAUCUCGCGCAAGGCUCUGUGUGUCAACGGUCAAGCCCCUGGACAAGCACCACUUUUGGAGGCUUCUUGGGGUGAUGAGGUGGUUAUCCACGUCACCAACUCCAUGACUCGCAAUGGAACUUCGCUGCAUUGGCAUGGUAUACGACAGAACCACACGAACGAGAUGGAUGGCGUCGUUGGCUUGACCCAGUGCGCCCUUCGUCCUGGUCAGAGUAUGACUUAUAGAUGGAGAGCAGAGAGCUACGGCUUCUCGUGGUACCACAGUCAUUUGACUCUUCAAGCAUACGAAGGUCUUUUCGGUCCUAUGUACAUUCACGGUCCCAAAUCCGCUGACUACGAUGUGGAUGCUGGUCACCUCAUCAUCAACGAUUGGUCCCACAUUCCUGUCGAUGACAUGUACAACGAUGCACAGGUCGCUGGUGUCAGAACAAUGGAUACUGGAUUGAUCAACGGUAUGAACAUUAACCCUCUUGCCAAGGACGGCGCACCUGCCGGUCAGCGCUACACCGUCCCUACUGAGUUUGUUCCUGGCAAGAAGUACUUGUUCCAGCUUCUCAACAGUGCCAUCCAGUCAACUUACAAGUUCUACAUUGACGGCCACAGGUUCACAGUCAUCGCUGCUGACUUUGUCCCCAUCGAGCCUUACGAGACUACAGUCUUGUCCAUCAACAUUGGUCAACGCUACGAGAUCAUUGUCGAGGCUGACCAGGACGUCGGCGACUACUUCCUUCGUUUCGACAACCAGAAUGCUUGUGCUACCACCACCAAUUCUGAUGAUAUCAGAGGUAUCAUCCACUACGUAGGCAGCUCUGGCGGCACACCUACUUCGACUGCCCACACCUACCCUCGCAAGGAUAACGGUGUUGGCGGUAUUCUCGGUACCUGCGAAGACGAGCCUCUUGCCAGCUUGGUUCCCAUUGUCAAGCAUUCUGUCAGCUCUCCCCACCAGACUGUCCAACACGACGUCGCUGUUUCCAACUCCAACGGCAUCAACCUCUACCGCUGGUAUCUUGAUGGAACCACUUUCCAGUCCAAUUGGGGUGACGCAACCCUCUACAGCAUCCUCAACAACGACUCCAUUCCUGACUAUUCUGGCAAUCUUGCCAUCUCUACUUCCCUCGGAGAGUGGGUCUAUGUGAUCAUUGAGUCUCCCGUACCACUUGGACAUCCUAUUCAUCUCCACGGACAUGACUUCUACGUUCUCGCUGCAGGAUACGGAAAUUAUGGCAGUGGCACUGCUCUCAACCUCGACAACCCUCCUCGUCGUGAUGUGGCUUUCAUGCCUGGUGAUGGCCCGACCGGUCAAGGCGGUCAUCUCGUCAUUGCCUUCUUCACCGAUAACCCUGGUGUCUGGCUCAUGCACUGCCAUAUUGGUUGGCACGUGGCUAUGGGUUUUGCCUUGCAGUUCAUCGAAGGACAAGAACAAAUCAAGGAUACUGUCACCGACACCUGCCUUGUCAAUGACGUCUGCAAUAACUGGCGUCCUUGGGCUCAAGAGAAGGGCAUCUAUGUUGAUGACUCUGGUGUGUAA